AUAGCGGAAGUAGUUCUCUGGUAGCAGCAAAAGCUAAGCGAACAAAGUUUUGUUUCCCUUUGUCCUUCCAAUGUGCCUAUUCUGUCGGUUUUUCAGCGGAGCCACGGGGUUUUCUUUAAAUUGUGUUUGAAAAUUUUCUUUUUGACUUUUGUUUAUUUUUAUUUUUUACAUUAUUCUUACUUUUCUUUUUCCCCCGACAGCUAAGCCUGUUAGCUAGACGGAAAUAGGAAACGGAGUCAGAGGCGGUUUCAUGGAGAACAGGCUGUUUCUGACGUUUGAGGACAGAAAAGUUCCUGUUGUGAUUUUGUGAAAACCUCAGACGAUCUCGACGUUGGGAAGAAGAUAACUAGCAAAGAUGGAGGAAGCAGCAUAUGAUGUACAUCAGCUGAUAGUGAUUAAAGAGGAGGAGAAGUGGAAGUCAGACCAGGAGGACCAGAAGCCUCCACAGGUUAAAGAGGAACAGGAGGGGAAAAAGAUCACUGAGUUAAUAUUUAAUCCGGUUCCUGUGAAAAGUGAAGAUGAGGAAGAGAAACCUCAGCUCCCAGAGCUUCAUCACAACCAAACCAAGGAAAUCAGAGACUUUGUUGGACCAGAACCAGAUCAACAAUUAGAAUCAGAUGGUGAAGAUGAAACUUCUGAUUCUUCUUCAGAGUCCUCAGAGACGGACGUCAGUGAUGGAAACUGGGAGGACAGCAGUGAAGCUCAGAUGGACGCUAAAUCCUUCUAUGGUGUGAGGCCACGCACUCUUCUCGCCCUUGUACCAGAAAAUCCUCAAGAAUCUGAUGGUGAUCUGAGCAAUGAUGACCAAAUAGAAGAUCCUGAUUAUCAGCCCACACAAGCAGAUGAUACUGGAGACAGCUCUUUUGAAUCCCUGGUUGAAGAGGAGGCUCCCUCAAAAAGCAGAUCUUCUACACAGCCACCUCGUAAAAAGAGCAGGAAAGGGAAACGCACACUAAAAACUGUUCCCUUGGAGCAGCCAAAUGACAACGCCGACCCAAGUUCCACCCCAGGUCCCAACAAAAGCACAAGAAGAAUCUGGAAGCAGGAAGACAUUGAUGAGUUCCAGGUUCUUAAUUCAAAAUUUGAACCCCCUGAAGCUGUACCCUCACCCUUCCAGUAUUUCAAAAUGCUCUUCACUGAUGAGAUGAUUGAACAUAUUGCACAUCACACCAAUUUGUACUCUGCUCAAGAGUUGGGGGAUCCAAUCAAGACUAGCCCUGAAGAGAUAGAGCAUUUCCUAGCGAUCCUUCUUUUUAUGGGUGUUUUCAAUUUCCCGUCACUGGAGGACUACUGGCACCAUGAAUCACGCUUCGACCUGAUCACUGACAUCAUGCCAAGGAGGAGAUUCCAGCUGUUACGGCGAUACAUUCAUUUCAAUGAUAAUCAGCAGUGCAGUGAGAGUCGGGACAGAUUUUACAAAAUCCGUCCCCUUUUUGAAAUGCUUCGUGAGCAGUGUCUCCUGAUACCAUCCACUCACAAGCACAGUGUCGAUGAGGUCAUGGUAGCAUAUAAAGGCACAAGAGCUGGUACCCUCCGCCAGUACAUCGCCAACAAGCCAGACAAGUGGGGCUUUAAAUUAUUCUGUAGAGCAAGUUCAUCCGGCAUCAUCCACGACUUGCUGCUUUAUCAAGGGGCAUCCACGUUCUUCAAUGUUGCUCUCAGUGAAGAGGAGCAGGCCCUGCCUCUGGGAGCAAAAGUGGUGACAACGCUCUGCAAAACCAUAAAAGAGCCCCAGAUGUCUGUUGUCUUUUGUGACCACUUCUUUACAAGUUUCAACUUGGUUCAGUACCUGCACACUGCCCUUGGUGUCAAGUGCAUCGGCACCGUACGACCAAACCGCACUGGUGGAGCUCCAUUGAUGACAGACAAAGACCUGAUUAAAAGGGGGCGUGGGGCCUGUGACUUUAGGGCUGCUGAAGGGGUUCUUGCAGUGAAGUGGUUCGAUAACAAAUGUGUCAACUUGCUUAGUAAUGCCUGUGGGAUCAUGCCCUUUUCAACAGUGAAACGCUGGAGCAAAGAGUCCCGCGCAAAGAUCACCAUCCCGUGCCCAUCACUCAUCUCUGCCUACAAUGAGCAUAUGGGAGGAAUCGAUCUGUCUGACAUGCUAGUACACCUGUACAAGACCCCGGCCAAGUCAAGGAGAUGGUAUUUUCCCCUGUUUGGAUACAUCCUGGACCUCUGCAUUGCAAAUUCCUGGCUACUCUACAAAAGGGACAGCAGCCUCCUGAAUGAGAAACCCAUGUCUCUCAAACGGUUCCGCCUCGCAGUUGCCCACAGUUUGAACCAGUUCAAUAAGCCAGCAUCCAAAGUUGGCCGACCAUCUUCCAGCUCUCCACCACCUGAGAAGACAGGCUACAUCCCAAGACCAUCACGACCAAAACCACAAACAGAUGUGCGCUAUGACAACGUGGGACACUGGCCUCUUCACUGUGAAAAGCGAGGGAGAUGCAAUCUGUGUCCAAAGGGAGUGUCCAGGUGGAAAUGUGAGAAAUGCAAUGUCUUCCUGUGUUUGAAUGCAAACCAGGAGUGCUUUAAGUUUUAUCACCAGAGGUAAAGUGCAUCUAAUGCACAAAAAGAAUGCUGUUCUGCAAACACAUAGAUGAGGUUGGAAAUGUGAUGUUUUAAUAUGUUUGGUAAUAUUUUUCUGUGUUUGCCAUGUUUUUUCAAAGUUUAAAUGAAAACAAGUAACACUAGUUCAAUCAAUCCUCCAGACACGUGACACUUGUGUCCCAAAAUACAUGAUGUUGCACCAAAACAGAAAAGGUGUGCUGAGAUAUAAAAGCAACAAAUGUUUCUAUUGUUCUGCAGUAUUUUCUUUUCCAUUUUGAAUGUAAAAAUUGAUAUUUUGCACUGUUGCCUAUAAUCAGAAGUGGAUUGAAUGUGAGAAUUUUGUGCUGUUGCACUUUAAUACAGAUACAGUCAAGAUGGGAAAAUUAAAAAUGCAAUAUUUCCUUGUUCGACGCAAUGUUUUCCUUGGUUGAAAUUAAAACCAGUGUUUUGUGGCAUUUUGACAGAAAUAAACUGUAUCCAAUGCCCCAGACAUUUUUUGUUGGUUAUUUCUUUAUAAAUUAGCAUUUUAUUUUAAUUUAUCUACUGUACUUGGUAUUUUUAUUACGUCAUGUACUUAAACCAUUAAGUGACAUCUCAACUGUUUGGUAGAGAUCAAUAUUUUAAAAACCACAGUUGGAAAAAAAAUUUGAUUGUGUAUAUGAGUCACCCCAGGGUAAAAGAAAUGCAAAGAAAUAAAUGUUCACAGGUUUUUUUCUUGGUGUGGUUGUUAAAGGGUUAAAGGAAAUUUUUUUAAAAAGUUCUUGUUAAGGUAGCCAUGGUAACGGAAAAGGUUAACCGCAAAACUGAAAAAGGAUAAAAGGAAACUAAAUUUUUGUUUGUCGAUAAGGAACAAUGUCAGUAACUUUGAUUUUAGUUUGAACAAUUUGAGAUUUUUAAAGAAAAAUCUGUGAUUCCUGUUUUAAUGGAAAUAAUUCUACUAAUGUAAUGAGUUAUUCAGAACAAGAGACAGAGAAACUAUUACUUGUUCUUUUCUAGCCUUUGUGUUGGUAGAUGAAUGAUUUCAAUAAAUAAUUUAACCAUCAUUUCAGGCCUCACGAUUGGCUGGAUGCUACAUUAUAACUAUUCUCUGAAUUUCUUCUCACACUAGUUUGUUUUUGUAAUUUUGUUUUUGCUUAGAGUGGGUCUAAAACUCUGUUGUAGACUGUUGGCUUCCACAUAUUUUAAAAUAAAUCUUUAUUGCCACAAUAGAAAGAGCAGAGAGGAGACAUUAGAGACCAUCAGCAGGAUGAUGGUCUCCUCUGGUAAGGAAAGAUUAUAACUGAGAAAAAGAUAAAAGAUCAAGCGCAGGGAGUGUAUAGUGUAGUCUACAUUUAGACAUUUAAAAAAAUAAAAUUCUGAUGUUAUUUGAGCACUGUGUUAUUUAUGAUCGUAAAGGCAGCACAUAUAGUCUAUUCAGUAGUUAUCUUAAUUUAGCUUUUGUUUAUUUCCAUGGCGUCGCUUUCUAUGAUGUGUCUAAUUACCCUGUUACUUUGUCACUUCUAUUUCAUUUUGUGUGCCAAGCUGCAGUGAUGUUAGCAAUGUAUUACUUGGUAAUGUGCUACUAAACCAACCCCUUGUUUUUGUAAUGAGUAAUAUGACACGUUAAUAUUUUCAAUACCGACUUAAAGUCACUGUGCGUGACCAUUUUUGUCAUUUUAUCAUAGUAAAUAAUAUAUAUUUAAUUUUCAUCUUGAAUAUAGAUUAAUGCAAGUCUUGUGUAAGAUUAAAGUGCGGUUCUAAUCAAGCUUUUAUUUUGAAGCCCAAUGUGACGAAUAACGGAAGUAGUUGUCUCCUAGCCUCAAACUUCAGUUGGUCUUCGGAGGCGCCGACGUGGUUUUAAAUUGUUUAUGUUGCAGCAACGUUCUUGCGUUCCUCUGUAGUCCGCUAAUUCCGGGAAUAAAUUGAAUCGUCUUUAA